GAAGGGCAGAGGUAAAAAAACAGAGCCAAAUCAUGCCUUUUCUUUAUUGGAGAGUUAGAAAGACGUUGUGUAACUCACUCAACCCUGUCAGCCUGUACAAAGUGUCUGGGGUUGGCAUGCUGUGUGUGCAGACACAAGACACAAAGGUUGCACAAAACUGACAUGACCAUACAGGGAAAUAGUAAUCCAGUUGACUGAGUGACAGCACAGAGAGGUGGUCCUACACAAAGAAAAUAUCCAAAAUCAAACAUUUUGACAAAGAAAGGCAACAGGAAGAAUGUCUUUGUGAAAUAACAUGGUUAUGGUGCAAAGAGUUUCCAUUUAAUGGUUGUCCUAAAGUUAAAUACCUAAUUUAAAAGCAAGCUAAAUAAUUGAAGUAGUAUGAUCAAUUGGUAACUAUUUGUAUGUGAGUUUGAUAGUAGUGUGAUCAUUGAGCCAUUCUCUCAGUGAUUACAGGGGCACUAUAGUCACCAGAACUACUACAACUUAAUGCAAAGUAUAACGCUUAUUUUAUUUGUUCUGGUGUGUAUAGUCAGUCACUGAAGGCUUUUUGCAGUAAACACUGUAUUUGUUUUUAGAGAAAAUGCAGUGUUUACAUUAUACAUCCAGUGGCCAGUCCUCAGAUGGCUGCUAGAGGUGCUUCCUGGGGCAGUGCUGCACAGUGUGACUGACAUUCAGUGUUUCCACCCUCUGUAUGGAGAUACUCUUUCCUCACAGAGAUGCAUUAAUGAGGAGAUGCCGAGUGGCCAGGGUGGUGUUUGGCUCUGCCCCAUCCCCCCUCCUUGUCUGAGAUCAUCAGAAUUGGACAAUCUCUGCAAAUCCAAUGCUUUUCUACAGGAAAGCAUUAUGAUUGGUGAGAUCAUCAUUUCUGAUUAUAUCAGCCAAUGGAACGGGGUGGGGGUAGAGCCAGCACCAGCAGACUGGAAUAAAGGUAAGAUUUUAUUAUGUUUAGGGGAAAGAGGGGGGCCAGGGGGGCUAGAUAGUGUUUUUAACAAUAUAGGGUCAAGAAUAUAUGUAUGUUCUCCUGACCCUACAGUGUUCCUUUACAGUUAUGAAUGUAAUUAAUAGACUAUUAUCCACAUCUGAUUUAUUGAAAUUAUCUGUCUAUAUUUGUGCUACCUGCAUUUCACUGAUAUUUUGUUUAUGUGAAUGUAGGAGAAUUUUACAAACAAGUCAAAUAUAGAGGAGUUCUUGAUAAUCGGAUUUGUAAACAUCCAAAAUAUUAAAAUUUUACUCUUUAUUCUUUUCAUGAUAAUUUAUCUUGUGACAUUAUCUGCAAAUAUAAUGGUUAUCUCGAUAGUAUCUAUGUGUAGAUACAUUGUCUCUCCUAUGUAUUUCUUCCUCAGCCAUCUGUCUUUCAAUGACAUGAUCAUCAUCACAAACAUUGUUCCUGAAAUGCUUUAUGUUAUAUUAAAAGAAGGAAGUACCAUAUCCUUUGCUGGCUGUUUCACUCAAAUUUACUUUUUUUCCCAAUCAACCAUUACUGAGUGCCUACUUCUUACUGUAAUGUCCUACGAUCGAUAUUUGGCCAUCUGUAACCCACUGAGAUAUUCCUCUGUCAUGGACCUGAAACUUUGUGGUUCUCUUGUAGCUUCAUCUUGGGGAUUUGGAAUACUAGCUGCAUUACCACAUAUUAUUAUUUUAAACCAAAUUACAUUUUGUGGGUUAAAAGUUGUUAAUCAUUUUUUCUGUGACCUGAUUCCAGUUCUCAGAGUUUCUUGUUCUGGUUCAUUAGCUAAUGAAAUAGUAAUCAUUGUUAUGUCUGUUCCAGUUACAUUUGUUCCAAUACUUUUUAUAACUGUGACAUAUAUCAAUAUCUUUCUUGUAAUUAUCCGGAUCUCAACCACCACCGGGAAACAGAAAGCCUUCUCUACCUGCAGCUCCCACCUGACCAUCGUAUGUCUAUAUUACGGGACAAUAGUAUUUAAUUAUGUGGUCCCACCAAAAGAAGAAUAUUUGGGUUUGCAAAAACUGAUUUCUAUGCUUUAUACUAUAGCAGCCCCUUUAUUAAACCCCAUUAUAUACAGUCUGAGAAAUGAGCAGUUUAAAGAAGCAAUAAUUCAAUUUAUUUUGAAGAGAAAAAGGGAAAAUUAAGAUAAAACUAUAUCAAACUGCAAAUAUUUAUUUACUUUAAAUAACAUAAAAAUGUAUUUAAACAAUUCAAACAGUACAUUACAUUUACCACAUUUACCACAUUUACAUUUAAAUUACUAUUAUUAAUUUGGUGGACGAACAGACAUGUAGUUGUAACCAGACACACAGGAACAGAGGGGUUGAGGGCCCUGCUCAAUGAGCUUACAUGCUAGAAGGAGUGGGGUAAAGUGACACAAAAGGUAAGGAUAGUAUUAGACUAAUAACAGUUGCAAGAGAGGAAUCAGUCGGGAGCUAUUAACAGUUUAAUUGAUACACUUUUAUGAAGAAGUGGGUUUUUAAUGAUUUUUUGAAGGAGUGGAGACUGGGUGAGCAUCUAACGGAAAAGUGAAGUGAGUUCCACAGGAAUGGUGCAGCCCUGGAGAAGUACUGAAGGCGAGCAUCAGAGGUGGGAGUACAGACAGAAGAUAGACGUAAGUCUUCAGCAGAGCAUAAGGGCCUAGACGGGACAUACUUGUGUAUUAGCAGGGAUAGAUAGGUGGGAGCAGCAUUAUCUAGAGAUUUGAAAGCAAGAACCAGAAUUUUAAAUUGAGCCCUAUAUCUUACAGGAAGCCAAUGUAGGGACUGACAGAAAGGUGAGGCAUGGGAGGUGCGGGCGGACAGGAAGAUGAGCCUCGUUGCCACAUUCAUUAUGGACUGUAACAGUGCAAGUUGGGAGCACGUAAGACCACUGAGAAGUGGAUUACAGUAGUCAAGGCAAGAAAGGACAAUGGAAUGGACCAGCACCUUAGUCGCAUCUGGCGUUGGGUUGGAUGCGUGCAAUGUUUUUGAGAUGGAAACAACAUGAAUUGGCGAUAGACUGAACAUGAGGCGUGAAGAAGAGGUCGGAGUCAAAGAGAACACCUAUGCAGCAAGCCUGCGUGGUGGAACUGAUGUUAGCACUGUUGACUUGGAGGGAGACAGACACAGGAGUAGCAACACUUGAGGGAGGAAAGACUAGUAUUUCAGUUUUGGUCAAGUUGAGUUUAACCCCUUAAGGACACAUGACAUGUGUGACGUCAUGAUUCCCUUUUUUCCAGAAGUUUGGUCCUUAAGGGGUUAAGGAAGUGGGCAGCCAUACAGUAAGAAAUAGCAGAGAGGCAGUCAGUGACACUAGUCAAGAGGGAUGGAGAGAGAACAGGAGAGAACAGGUAGAUUUGCAUGUCAUCCUCAUAGAAACGAUAUUGGAAGCCAAAGGAGUUAAUGCGUUUUCCAAGGGAGGCAGCAUAGAUAUAUAUAUAUACCACGGUAACAAAGAAUACAUUCCUCCUAGCAGCCUCAUUUUUUGAUAUUCUGCUUAAAAUAAUUCACAGGGUUUGUCUGACCUCAGUUCUCCAAUUUGAAAUUGGUCCUUCCAAUUCAAAUAAAUGUCCAAAAUACUAUAAUGAUCCUAUAUUAAAUACACACUAAACCCACUAGCCUGUGACGUUUAUGGAUUGCUUUCUUUCUGGAUGCCAGUCACUCAGUGAGCAGCAAUGAGUAAAACAUGUUGGAGUAGCAGUGACUACCCGUGCAGGUACUGUUACUGGAGACACUAUAUUUUAAUCUUUUUACCUGCAGGUCUCUCCCCUCUGCCAA